AAGAAAGAAAGGGUUUUCCACCCAAAACUUGUUGAUUUGGCUCUAGAAUCGGAGAUAGGUAAAUAAUGUUGGUUGGAAAUUUAAGUAGAAGUACCGAUUGGACGGGAGGAGCAGUGACGGAGGUCAACUCGCUCUAACCUUUUCCUUCCGUUCACUCGCCGCCUUGCUCAUCCUCGCCGUCACAGUCACCUCAACCGAUCAUGUUCUAGACUUCUCUCUCUCAGUAGUCAGAAGUUUCAUCCUUUUGUCUCUCUCUUCAUCAUCAAACUAUUUCCCUGUCAACACUGCUUCUGUUGUUCAUCAACUUUAGGCAUUUAGUGACUUAAAAAACCUUAAGCCUUUCUUUAUUCAGACUUGAUGCCUGAACAUCGAUAUCUAAAGUACAAGGCAUGUGACUCCUUGUUUGACAAUUACAGAGCAUGUGGUUUAUCUUGAAAAUUGACAAAUGGGGACUUGUUUCCAGAAACAUCAUAUUUCCUUUGCAACCUAAUAUCGUGUUUUUCAGGACAGCUGGAGAUGAUUCAACAAAGUAUAGCUUCUAAAUUUUGUGAGUAUAGUCUGGGCAAUUGUAAAAUGGACUUGCCUAAUCGUGAUAAACAACUGACUGUUGCUGUGAAGAAGACAGCAUUGAGAGAUCUGCAAAAUGAUAAUAAAAUCAUGGUGCCAACCUCUGUUGGAAGCUCUUCAUUUUUCAAGGAUAAGGAUCUUGGUACUGAUUCUAGUAGAGUUUCUGGCACCAAGAGACCCUUGUCUGACUACCCAUUGAAUCACCAUCUCCAACAAUCUCCAAGCAAUAAUGCUGCAAAUGGACAUCUUGUGUAUGUCCGUAGAAAAUCUGAAGCAGAAUUGAGCAAGGGCACUGCUUUUGAAAAUCCAAGUAUUGAUGCUUAUUGUCCACAUUCUAGGCAGCUUUGUUGUGGAGAGGAGACUGCUCAACCAAAAUCUCAGACAAAGGAGCCACCUCAGUUAAAGGAACCAAAGGUUUCUUGUUUCCCAGCAUUUGCACCUUUUCCUAUGGCUUCUUCAAUGAACUCAUCUGGAAAGCCUUCAGUUCCUAUUUCUCUUGGGAAAUCUGCCAUGAAGUUAGCACCAGUUGAGUCCAAUUAUGUGACAGCUUCUUCUGGCCCUACUACCAUUGGUAAUCCAAAGGGAUUAAAAAAUUUGCACUGGGAAGAGCGAUACCAACAAUUGCAGAUGUUUUUGAGGAAAUUGGACCAAUCAGAUCAAGAAGAAUAUAUCCAAAUGCUUCGCUCCCUGUCCUCAGUUGAACUUAGCAAGCAUGCUGUUGAGUUAGAGAAGAGAUCAAUUCAGCUUUCAUUAGAGGAAGCUAAAGAAUUACAGCGUGUUGCUGUUUUAAAUGUCUUGGGUAAAUCAGUGAAGAACUUCAAAGCACCAGCAGAUCAUGACGAAUGUUCAGACAAGUUGAAGGCAUUAUCAUGAUCUUCCCCAUUUGGGCUGCUGUAAAUUUCCUCAGACAGUGAAAACAUUCUGAUUGUUUAUUGUGCUUAGUGUUUAUGCUGAUUGUUUUAUAAUCUCUUGUCAAGUUGACUAAGAAAGUAUCUAGCAUCUCCUUGUUCACAAAAAUAAAAAAACGGCUAUUUAUUCCCAACUGUGCUUCUUGUACAGUUUGGAUACCCA